AUGGCGCAGAAAAUCCUCCAAGCAGGCCUGUCGGCCGGCAUGUCCGCCGUCUCCGGCAUGCACUCGUCGAAACCUGAUCCAGUGCCCGCCGAGUACGACGGGCUGAAACACCUCGUCCCCGAAUCCUUCACUCCCGAGCUCUCGACGCGACACACCCUUCGCGGCAAGGACGGGCAAGAUGUCCCCAUCCCGCCGAUCAUCUGGGGUGCCUGGUCGUGGGGCGACACCAGCACCUUCCACUGGUCAGACGAUGAACUGCCAGCGCUGCGCGCGGCGUGGCAAGAAUGCCUGAAGAGGGGUAUGACCUUCGUCGACACGGCGCAAGUCUACGGCAGCGGCAAGAGCGAAGAGAUCCUCGGCGACCUGAUCAACAAGCACAGUGGCAGCGUCCCGCGCAACAAGAUCAUCGUGCAGACGAAAUGGCUCCCCAACGUCACGGACGGGGCUACCAACGUCAUCCACCCGGUCGACGCACCGCUCAAGCAGCUCCGCAAGACGCUCGAGCGGAUGCACCUCGACUACAUCGACUGCUACCUCGUGCACGGGCACGUGCACGUCAGUUCGAUCGCGCAGGUGGCCAAGGGCCUCGCGAAGUGCGUGGAGGAGGGGUUGACCCGCACGGUCGGCGUAGCGAAUUACUCCGUGGACGACAUGUUGAAGAUGAAGGAGGCCUUGGCCGAGCAUGGCGUGCCCUUGGCGACGAACCAGUGCGAGUAUUCGAUCCUGCGCCGCAUGCCGGAGUUGGAGGGCAUGUUGGAGGCGUGCAAGCAGCACAGGAUCGUGUUCCAGUCGUAUUCGUCCGUCGCGCAGGGGCGGCUGACCGGCAAGUACACGAAGGAUAACCCGCCGCCGAAGGAGUAUCGGUUCAGCAAGUACGACAUGGAGCACGUGGAGCCGGUGUUGCAGGUGCAGCGGCGGUUGGCACAGAAAUAUAACGUCAGCGUCACUGCCGUGGCGCUGAACUGGAACAUUCUCAAAGGGGCAGUGCCGGUGGUGGGGAUGAGGAAAGAGAGUCAGGCUCUCGAGGACAUGCAGGCUCUAGGGUGGAGAUUGACUCGCGAAGAGGUCGCCGAGCUGGACAAGCUGGGAUUCCAGGGUAAGAAGACCAAGCUAUGGCAGCAGGGAUGA